UGUGGCGGGGGCUUUGAGGAAAACCACGCGUGCCGCUGGCGCUUCCCCGCCUCCUCCCGGAGCCCUGGGCGAGCUGAGCGCCCUGCAUGUCUGCGUGUCUGUGUGAGGGGGGAAGGGAGACCAGCGCAGGCGCAACGCCCGCCCGUCUGCUCGCCUGCCUGCAGCCCGGGCGCUUUCGCUCAGUGCAGUUGAUGGCAGUGCCGGCGCGCGCCGGGAGCUCAGCGCCCCGGGUACUGGAGCCCAAGAUGUGCAGGCAGAGCAGAGGCAGCGGCUGCAGCAUCUCCGGGGCUCGAAAGCGGGACGGGGACCGGCAGUGUCGUCCAUCGCUCGUGGCAAGUCGGCUCUCCUGACCUGCCUUCCGUCCUUUCCCCCCCCCCUCCCAGCGCUCCCCCAAAGAAUGUCAGCCAAGUCUAAGGGGACCACAUCCUCCUCCUCCGCCACCUCCUCGUCUGUGUCCUCUCCAGCCGAAGGGGUGCCGCCGGCCUCCAAAGCCAAGGUGAAGGAGCAGAUCAAGAUAAUCGUGGACGAUUUGGAAUUAGUCCUGGGGGACCUGAAGGACGUGGCUAAGGAGCUCAAGGAGGUGGUUGACCAGAUUGAUACACUGACUUCUGAUCUGCAGCUGGAAGAUGAAAUGACUGACAGCUCAAAAACAGACACGUUGAAUAGCAGUUCAAGUAGCACAACAGCGUCAAGUUUGGAAAAAAUCAAGGUGCAAAGCAGCGCCCCACUCACCAAGGCCCCGACCCAUCCAUCUGCCAUUUUAACCGUAUUAAGGAAACCCAACCCCCCACCACCUCCUCCACGGCUGACUCCAGUGAAGUGUGAAGACCCUCACAGGCCAGUAAUCUCUGCCAAUCCUGUAAAGACUAAUGGGACUCUGUUACGAAAUGGAGGCUUACCAGGAGGACCUAAUAAAAUUCCAAAUGGAGAUAUAUGUUGUAUAUCAAAUAAUAAUUUGGACAAAGUUCCAAUGCAACCUCUUAUGCACAGAUCUGAGAAAGGCAGGUGUCCUCAGGCUGGAACACGGGAACGGGUACGAUUUAAUGAAAAGGUGCAGUACCAUGGCUAUUGUGCUGAUUGUGACGUGCGGUAUAAUAUUAAGAACAGGGAGGUUCAUUUGCACAAUGAGCCUGCUCGCAUCCCAGGAAAACUUCCUCAGCAGUGUCCUCCCUUGCCACUGCCUCCUUCACCGCUUCCUCCCCCCCCAUUAGAAAAUGGAGGGGUGGGCAUAAGUCCUAGUAAUAGCUUUCCCCCUCUCAGACCUGCAACUGUGCCUCCACCAACUGCACCAAAACCCCAAAAGACCAUCCUGAGGAAAUCGACCACGACGACAGUGUGAUGUUUCCCACCUGGAAAACUGUUCUUGCUUUUUCUUUUUCUUACGUACAAACAUUGAAAAAAGGUAAUGAGCACUUUCUACAAAAGCAAUAAAAGCCCAAAUAUAUUGCACCCUUUCUUCUAUGAAGUGGCAAAAAAGUCACAUGCUCCUUCAGGCUGGAAGGUAUCUUAAUAUUUGACUACACGAUAACCAGUUCUCCCAUGACAGAUUCGACAGUGCAACCUCUUUCAGGCAGUACUAAAUUCUAACAACAGGGACUCUUCUUAGAGCAUGAACACCCUUGAGCCUGAGCACAACUGAUGACCGGUGCCAUCUGCAUUAAUCCACCGGCCUCAUUCAACAGCUAUGACCUGAGUCCUGACAAAAGCCACAGCCUUAAGCACCAUGCACUCUGACAGAAGAAACAAAAGUCAGUUACUUUUAUGACCAUUGCAGAAACAACAGUCGCCGAACAGCAUUCCUGUGAUCCAGCCAAAUGUGUGAAACAGAUGUAGCAAAAUGAAAGUUGGAAGCACUUAAAUGGAUCAGGCGAUGCCAAUGCAUUUUGGGUGGAAGAGAAGGCUAUUAUUGUCUCCUGUGCAAAUUCAAAGCCAUAGAAGAGAGACAGUGGAUGCUAAAAUGCUUGGAAAAAGGUUGUUUCCUGUCCUCUGCUGAAACAAUUCAACUGUUACAGCAUGCAUCUCAAUGCACUUCUAAUAUUUGCACUGUCAUUUUCAUUCAGGGGAAUGAUGUAAGCCAUCAUUUGCACAGAUGGCCACAUGAAAUUUUAGCCGACAAGAAGAUGUAUGUUGAGGGCUUGAGAGCAAAAGAAAUUAAAUUUGUCUACAAAAGUGAAGAAAACAUAAUGUCCCUCCAUCACUUUGCAGCUGGAAUCUUUCAAAAAGAAAAUAGUUGCUCCUUAGAACUGAGAUAACAAUAAUGAUAACAAGAAAGCAUCAACAAGCUAACAUGGAUUUUAGAAUCAAUCUAAUUUUAAUACAUUUUUGUAUCAGUGUAACAACAAAGAAAUUGACCGAGACAACUGGUAUGUUCCUAAUGAAUACCGACAGUAACCUCCCAAUUACUAUAAAGAGGGGGAAAAACAUAUUUGUAUUACGUAUUUGACACAUGACAUUUUUAUAGCUAAAGAUCUGUUCUUCAUGGAAAAUGUAUCAGAUAAAUAGGCAUUUUCAGUUUAUUUUUCUAAAUAAAUGUGUUUAUCAUUUGCAUUUACUUAUUUUUGCUGAUUUUCAUUACGCAACUAUUAUUCUCUCUCUCACCAAAAAGGGAAGUAUAAAGACAAGAACCAAAACAUAGAUUUUGCCAUGCUAAAAUCAGAAUGAUUUGCAGACUGAAAGCUUUAAUAUAAAAUGUUGUUUGUAGAAUUAUAAAGUAUAUUUCUACUGGUAAAUACAUAUGGAAAGUAAGAAAGUCUGUAUUUUAAUCUUUACUUUCAAUACAUAGGUUAUUUUUACUAUUCCAAGAAAGUAAUUAGUUAGCAUAGUUUGUUGGGGAGUCUUAGAUACGGUUAAUUAUGUUGCCUAUAGUUUAAAAUGAAGCUACAUGUACAUAACACAAGACAUGCUCCAGCACCUGAUCUCUGCAUAUGUUACACUGCAGAGCUGUAACAGGAGACAUCCAUAAAAUCACUCUUCCAGUGUUUUCUAAUCAGGCCUUUAGUUAGCUAGGAUAGCCUUUGUGUGCAGGUGGUCCAGUUUGCAGGAUUGUGUGGCAUUUUGGAUGGAGCUGGAAGAUAAUGGAUAUAUCCAUGGGCAUCCACAGAAAUGUCCUGCUUUUAUCAAAAUGACCAAAGCAGCAAGGUGCUGCAAACUCCACCCUUUUGGGGCAUGCAUGUGCUGUCAAGGGAAAUAUAAAAAGGGUCACUUCAGCUUUGAAUUUUCCUGGGUCAUAUAAAUUGUUCCCUUUCCGUUGUAGGCUGAUCUGUCCCCACUCUUUCUCCUUCCCAAGAAGAUCUCAUUCUGUUCCUUUUCUCUAAUCAAAAAACAGAUUGGUAUGGGACCAGUAUGCAGUAUCAUACCUACACUUUCACUUAUAAAUGAAGGGCUGGAUUUGGUCCCUGACUUGCAUAUUAUUUUCAUGAAAAGAAUUAAAUCAUUGCAUUGCAUUGAAUGUAUUUUAUUUUUUUAACUUCAAAUCUUAUAAAUCUUAAAUGGAUUUCAGGCAUCAUUACAAUUGCCAUUUUUCUUCACUGGAAGAGAGAGACAUGUGAAAGUCAAGUUAUUCUGAUCAACGCAGCCCUUUCAUUUGGCACCGAAAAUUCUAAUAUCAAGUCAAUUUCCCUAAAAGUUAAAUUGGGAUCCAAAAAAAGUGAUUCUCUCUGUUUCUUCAGAUACCAUUUUUAAGCCUUGAAUAUUUAUUUUCAUCACAGUGUUCUUUUCAAAAAUGCAAAACAAAACAAAAGCAUGAUAUCUGAGAAUCCCUAAAUUCUAACAAAAGUCCACUUACUGCAAAAAUAGAAUGUAAAACUCUGUGUGGCAAUGCAGUUCUAUGUUGUAUAUCUGGUUUUAGUUUUAGAAAAUAACUUUCAGUGUGGUCUGAUACUUAAACAUGACACAUGAUACCAUGUAAUUCUUGCUUAGCAGGGAUUUAUUUCCAAGCUGUAACUUACAGUUCUGAUAACAUGUCAUUGUUGAAUGAGAUACAAUUUGGGAUAUCAGACAGUGAGAAAUUGGGUAAGAUUGUUAAAUAUAAUUUGCAAACAGGAAGACUUGCUGUACUCAUUCAGUGCAGUAUUCUGUUAUUAGUUCAUAGAUUCCUUUUAUGCCAGAAUUGUUUUGAAUAAAAUAUAUAUUUUCCUUUUCCA